AUGAGAGCUUCGCAGAGUCGUCAAAAGAGUUACCAUGACAAGGGGAGGAAAGCAGUUAAGUUCCAAGAGGACGAUCAUGUGUUUCUUAGAGUUACUCUGGUAACUAGUGUUGGUCGAGCCUUGAAGUUUGGAAAGCUUACUUCGAGUUUCAUCUAUCUGUACCAGAUUAUGCGUAUGAUAGGAGAAUUGGCCUAUCAGAUUGCUUUGCCACCAUCACUUGAUAAUCUUCAUGAUGUGUUUCACGUGUCUCAGUUGAGGAGAUACAUUUCAGAUUUGUCUCAUGUGAUCCAAGUGGAUGAUGUGCAGAUGAGAGAUAACCUUAUUUUUGAGGUAUCACCCAUGCAGAUAGAGUAUUGGGAAGUGAAGAAGUUGUGUGGAAUGAAAUUCAUAUUUGGCGUAUUCAUGUAUCCACCAUUGAUGGUGUUUGAAGGUUUUAGGGAGUUGUGGAAAUAUAGGAAUGCAUAA